UUUGACAAUUAGAUUUUCGCCAUAACUGUUGAACUCGGCAAUUACAUGCUCGACCACAGAGUCUCUCCAAAAUAGAGCGUUACGGCUCAUAUGGCACACCGAAAUAAAAUAGUUUUCAUGUCUGUUUGGACGGCCGCCCAGCUAAAACUAUGCUCAGCCGCUUGACUGACAGAGGGAUGUGGGCUUUUUUCUCCCCAAGAAAAAUCUUAGGGUCACGAAUCCUGACCAAAGACUGAGGCAGUUGAGCUCCCAGUUCCUCUGCGGGCUGCGAGGAGAGAGGAGGUUGCAGGGCAGGGACAGAGGCUUGUGCCUCGACAAUGAAAACUCCAGGGGACACUUAACAUUUAAGAUGCUGAUCUGAGGCUGGGGUGCUGUGCUGAAGUGGUAUGGACACAGAUAGAAUGGCUAGUCCGCAGAGCUCCAGGAUGGCUAUUCCUCAGAGCUCCAGGAUGGCUAUUCCUCAGAGCUCCAGGAUGGCUAUUCCUCAGAGCUCCAGGAUGGCUAUUCCUCAGAGCUCCAGGAUGGCUAGUCCUCAGAGCUCAAGAAUGGCUAGUCCUCAGAGCUCCAGAAUGGCUAGUCCUCAGAGCUCAAGAAUGGCUAGUCCUCAGAGCUCCAGAAUGGCUAUUCCUCAGAGCUCAAGAAUGGCUAGUCCUCAGAGCUCCAGAAUGGCUAUUCCUCAGAGCUCAAGAAUGGCUAGUCCUCAGAGCUCCAGGAUGGCUAGUCCUCAGAGCUCCAGAAUGGCUAGUCCUCAGAGCUCAAGAAUGGCUAGUCCUCAGAGCUCCAGAAUGGCUAGUCCUCAGAGCUCAAGAAUGGCUAGUCCUCAGAGCUCCAGACACAGUAGCUCUGUUUCAUCUUCUCCAAUGAGCAGGAUGCACUCACUCCAGGUGGACUCGGUGCAGCGCUGGAUGGAGGACCUGCGUCACAUGACGGAUGUGGAGUGCAUGUGUGUUCUGCAGGCCAAGGCCAUUGGCGUGGAGGAGGAUGCGCAGGGUGAGCUCAUCGUGGCCACGCGCGACCACGUGGCCCGCGACAACCUGCAGACGCUGCUGCGGCGGGCGCUGGUGGUCAGCACGGAGCUGGGCAAGAUGUUCCAGCGGCUGGAGAAGGGCCGCUGGCAGCGGGUCCACAGCACGGCCGUCCGGGCCAACUGCCACGUGCGCUCGCUGGUGCAUGAGUAUAGCGCCGCCCGUAACACCCCCCCAGAGAUGCAGAAGUAUGAGACGUCUUUGCUUGAGAAGUGCAUGGAGCUGACCACCAUAACAGAGAAAUGCCUUCAUACUGAGGACGAAUUCUUCCUGAAGUCCAUGAGGGAGGCCAUUAACGAGAUUCUCACUGAUGUCAGCGAUUCAUUCAGCCACAUGAUUGACAUGGCCCUGGCCAACGAGAUCCAGAUCCUGAUCAGGAAGAUUGAGUCGUCAGACAGUGUGUACACCAUAGGCAGUGACAUCAGCAACCUGCUCUCCCUCACCCAGGAUGGCCCGCAGCUCUGCAGAAUCAUCGCUAAGGAGGGCGCUGUGGUGGCCCUGUUUAAGAUCUGCCGGCAGGACUGCUUCAGCGACCUUUACGCACACGCCCUGAGGGCGGUGGCCUCCAUAUGUUGUGUGGAGGAGGGCAUCAAUCAGCUGGAGAAGGUGGAUGGGAUCCUGUGCUUGGCGGACAUCCUGACCGAUGAGAACAGAGCUGAGUCGGCGAGGGCAGAGGCAGCGGCCGUGGUGGCCCAGAUCACCUCACCCCACCACACCUCCACCCAGCACCUGGGCAGCUUCCUGGAGAGCAUGGAGGACAUUGUCACCGCUCUCAUCAAGUUGUGUGGGAGUGCCUCCUGUGGUGAGGUCUUCCUCCUGGCAUCUGCUGCUCUUGCCAACAUCACAUUCUUCGACAGCAUGGCCUGUGAGAUCCUCCUCCAGCUCAACGCCAUCCACAUCCUCCUACAGGCAUGCAAAGACCGCCAGAGAGUUGAUACUCCCUACUCUAAAGACCAGGUGGUUACCAUCUUGGCAAACCUCUCUGUUUUGGAGCAGUCUGCACCUGAAAUCCUGCAAGAGAAAGGUGUUGAGAGACUGCUCCAGCUGCUGGGUGAGAAGCCAUCCUCCUCUAGUCCAUCGGAGGGCGCCGCGUGCGAGAGGGUCCAGCAGAAAGCCGCUGUCACACUGGCCCGUCUGAGCAGAGACCCGGACAUAGCCCAAACAGCCAUCCAGCUGCAAGCUGUCCCUCGACUAAUCGAACUGUGUCGCUCACCAGCGGAGCGGAACAACAGUGACUCUGUACUAGUUGCAUGCCUGGCUGCCCUGAGGAGGCUGGCAGCAGGGUGUCCAGACAGCAUCGAGGCCACCGACCACCAGCAGCUGAUCAAGCCCAGACUGGUGGACUCUUUCCUGCUGUGCUCCAACAUGGAAGAAAGCUUUGUAUGAGAAGAGAGCUUUAUAGGACGAUCCAGAGCGGAGGGGUUGGGUGCACAGGCACUGGAGGAGUCUCAGUGACCACUCACUCCAGCCUGAGACUUAAAAACACACAAGAAAAAGGAGGGGUUGGGUGCACAGGCACUGGAGGAGUCUCAGUGACCACUCACUCCAGCCUGAGACUUAAAAACACACAAGACAAAGGAGGGGUUGGGUGCACAGGCACUGGAGGAGUCUCAGUGACCACUCACUCCAGCCUGAGACUUAAAAACACACAAGACAAAAGAGGGGUUGCAGAAAUCAGUCCCUAUAUCCCAAAGCAUACAUUAAAUGUAUACCCAAAAAUCUGAGCAUAAACGGAAUUGCUGUUAAUAAUGACAGAAUUGACAUUCUCGGAGUAUAAAACACCGAAACUCGGGGACAUGUACAUGUUGGCAGCAUUCAUGAAAUCGUACUUAUUGGUUAUAAUUCCUCUCAUAAUAACAUUCAUAGUGUACAUGGGACCACCAUGCAUGAAAUACAAAUCAUCAGUAUUUUGUGUCAGCUGCCAAUUUAAUGGGUUGUUCAAAUAUUAGAAACUACUAUUGUGUUCUGUUACUUACAGAUAAGAAUGUGUUUAAUGAGUUGUUGGUGGACGUACAGUAUAUUCAAGGUAUUUGAUGACAUGAUCUCAUUUCGCUCUCUUGUUCAGGGGAGGUAAUAAUAUAGGUUACUGAUUUUAGUGUGCUGUUGUGAGCGGAAGGUGACUUCUAAAGUAGGUUUGCUUGGAAACAAAGUGCUUUGAAAUCUAUAAUAUUGUAUCUGUAUUUCUUGCCUUGGAUCUAAAACAUUGUAUUUGCUACAAAGAAACAUACUGUAAAUGUGUUGUAAACCACAAUCUCUAUUAAAUUACUAUUAUAAUGUAUGGCAUGCAUAUACUGUAAUAAAGGAAAGAAUAU